AUGGCUGCUGCGGGGCCCCUAGGGGGCCUUCGUGCUGCUGCGAGGCCCUCGUGGCUCGAAGACGAGCCGCAGCAGCAGCGCUUGCAGCAGCAGCAAGACACCCUCAGCAGCAGCAGCAGCAGCAGCAGCAGCAGCAGCAGCAGCAGCAGCAGCAGCAGCAGCAAUGUGGGCUUGGGGGCUCGCGCCUACGUCUACUUCACCACAGAUAUGCCCGAAGCCCUCCAGCUGCCGCAGGAGCCCAUCAGCAUUGAGGUGUCUGUACACCGCAGCGAGUUGUCCAAGGUAAACAUUGCACCCAACCUAAGGGGGGCCCCUGGGGGCCCCUGGGGGCCCCUGGGGGCCCCUGGGGGCCCCUGGGGGCCCCUGGGGGCCCCUAGGAGAUCUGGGGCCCCUGGGGGCCCUUGA